ACAUUCGCCACUGCUUUGACUUUCGCUAUCGCUCUCUUAUUCGUCGUGGCUCCCGCAGUUUCUCUCCACUCGAAGCUACACGAAGGUGCAUCGUAACAGUCAGUUCGAUUCUCGCGCGCUCCACGAGCGGAGGAGCCGACGAGUAGUAGACAGAUCGUGUAUUUUGACAUUUUUCGUCACUGUUGUUGUUGUUGUUGUCGUCGUCGUUUGGCACGAGUGUAAAAAAAGUGUGGGUGCUGCAAGAUGUUGCACAGUGCCCUGCCGCAGCGAACCUACCUGGCCGGCGUCCCGGGCCUGGGUUACCAUCUCGGAGCUGCUGCGGCCGUCGCCAGUUACUUCGACGAGUUGCACCAGCAGCAUCCCUACGUCACCGCGAGCGCCUAUCACCAUCAGCAGCAACAGCAGCAACAGCAUCAGCAGCAGCAACAACAUCAACUCGAGGAAGCUUACGCCUUUCAGCGGCUGAGCGAGCAGCGACUCUUGGCUUGGGAUGCGCAGCAGCAGCAGCAGCAGCAACAACAGCAGCAUCAUCAGCCGCAUCAUCCGCUUCAGCAUCAACAACACAAACGAGCCGAGACUCCGAGCCCGUUGGAUCUGUCCGUCAAGAGCAGCUCGACGACGGAAAAUGCGCCGGUCGUCGGGCCGGACGAGCCGAUCGAGGUCGACGACGAGGAGGACCGUCGCAGCCGCGAGGAGGCCCGACUGCAUCGAUCCGCGGCCGGCUUCUACGACGACGAUCAGGACAGCCAGCGCAGCUGCUCCUCGGUGGGUCUCUCGGUUUACCAUCCGACGCCGCGCAAGCAGCUGCUGCUCUCGGCCAGCAGCAGUCCCCUGCAGAGCUGCCACUUGACCCCGUUGAGUCAUCAUUCGGGACAGACGCAGCCUCAGCAGCAGCAGCACGCGCCGAUGACGCCACCGAGCACGCCGUCGCCGUCCAAUCAACCCUACCACCAUCCUCCGUCUCUGAAGCGCAAGGAGAUCGGCGCUAGCGGUGGUAGCAGCGGCAGUAGCGUCACCCCGACGAUCGGCGGCAGAGCGGAAAAAUCGGCGGCGGCUGGUGGAGGACUGCGAGGCAAGAAGAAACACGUGCGCCGACUCAAGUUCGACGAGGACACGAGCAGUCCGGUCUCGGGCACGGUGAUCCUCGGCCCGGACGAGGCCAUCGUCACCGGCGACAUCGAUCCGGCCUUCAACAUCGUCGAGGUCACCGAGGAGGCGCGCGCCGAGCUCGCCAAGAUCGAGAACCGCCUCGGGCCCUACCAGUGCAAACUGUGCCGGCAGCUGCACGACGACGCCUUCCAGCUGGCCCAGCAUCGCUGCUCGCGCAUCGCCCACGUCGAGUACCGCUGCCCCGAGUGCGACAAGCGAUUCUCCUGCCCGGCCAAUCUGGCCUCGCACCGGAGAUGGCACAAGCCGAGACCAGCCGCGGGCGGAGGAGGAGGAGCGGCAUCGGCCACGGCUACCCAGGACGAGCUCGCCUGCAGCAAGUGCGAGGCCAAAUUCGCCAAACAGUCGGCUCUGAAGAAGCACAUGGCCCAGCAGCAUCCCAACGAGCAGAACAACAACAACACGACGGAGCUCAUGCAGGUCGACGCGACGAGCAAAUUGGCCGCUCUCGAUCACGAGAUGGCCUGACGACAGACGGUCAGCAGCAUGACGUUGGCUCGGCCGAUGCCCAUCAGGAGUCUGCCGUCGUCGAGCGCCGUUUACUGGAGAUUCGGCCUCGAUCUCAUGUGAAUGUCGACGCGCCGAUUGGUAUUUAGCUGCGUCCAAGCGUAACGUAUUUUUAUUUGUUUGUUCAAUUAUUCAGCAGCUAAGUAUUUAUCCAUAUAUUGUAUAGACUUUUAACUGCACCGUUAUGUAUCCGAAAGUAUAUUCUAGUCUGGUUUUCUCAUUUAUAUUUAACUUGUUUGUUCGUUUGUUCAUCAUUAUAUAUUUUGUAUAAUCACGCGCGCACCGAGGGGUUUGUUUUUCUUUUGUAUCUCUCUUCUCGUAGUAAUAAUUGAAUCGAGUAAGCGUCGUCGUGCAUAGGCUCGCGGAUCGUCGAAUCGACGACGUUUUCUCGAGCUGCUAGAGUAAUUCGAAGAAUGAAAAAAAAACUAAUCGCAAUCUAGUCAAAGCUAUUGCAUUUUACCAGAAGCUCCGAUCGUAAUAAGAGUCCAGCUUAAGUUUGCCAAAAAUGAAAAAGAAAACAUAGAAAAAGGAAAUAAAAAUGAUUAACGAUAUAGUAUUAACUGUUUAAACGGCGUUAUUGUAAUAGGUAGAGCUUGCAAAGCAGCGCAGACGAGUUUUUGUAAAUUUCGUGUAUAAAUUGUUCGAAGCGUAAUGAUACGAAUCAGUAUUUUAAAUGUCCGGUAUAAUUCGGUUGUGUAAAUGUUUGUAGAUAGCAAAGAAUAAAAAAUCGGCACGGUAUAGUUGUAUAUAUUAUAAUUUAAAGAGUACGAAAUAAGUUAACGCAGGGUAUUUAAUUUUACGUUCUCGAUCUCGAUAGUCUCUUUCGUCACGAAAAAAUAAGAAAAAGAAAAAUAAAAUUUAGCCAUAAUGUUUGUGUGUGUGUACUCGAUCUAGUCCCAUAUAUAUAAUAGAUCUCCGAAAAGUCGCUUUCGCACGUACAGUGACGCGUUGAUUUUUUUCGCGCGCGAUAAACUGGAGUGCGGCGUGACUCAUGCAGCUAAACGAUAUCAAA